AUGGAUAGAUUCGAAAACUUCUUUAUUAAUCACAAACUAUUAUGGAUACCAGCAACUAGGACGUCCUCACAAGGAAGAGCUAGCGGAGGAAGUCUUUUUGGAAUAAAAAAGGAUAUAGGCAUUGAUUGUAGUUAUGUCCAAAUACUUCAAAGAGAUUUGAUAGAAAUAACUGUCGAACAGACGAAAAUAUAUAUAAUACCAGUCUAUAUAAACUGCAACAAAUGGGCGCAAGACUUUAGCAGCUUAUACAAUUUUCUCAUAGAAUUCGAAAAAGAAGACCUAAUGAUCAUUGGCGAUUUUAAUGGGAGAGUUGGUAAUUCACAAAUACUGAAUGAAGAGCCGGAAUUUUUGCCUGAUUCAAUAAAAAAUGUAAGAAGUGCAACAGAUGAAGUUUUGGAUGGCAAUGGAAAGAAACUAGUUGAAAUGUGUGAAUCCAUCGGCUUAACCUUACUAAAUGGACGAACAAACGGCGAUACAAAUGGUAAUUUCACAUUUAUCAGGGGUACUGCUUGCUCAACGAUAGAUUAUUGUCUUGCAAAGGGAAUAUGGCUAAAAUAUAUUGCUGACUUCAUAGUGAAUGAGCUUACCUACUCAGACCAUUUACCCAUAUCUGUUCAAGUUGAUAUUAAGCUUCAGCAGGAUUCUCAGCCUAAACAGCAGUAUUUAUUACCUAAACUACGGUGGUAUGAAAGAGAUUUACAGAAGUAUACAGCGAAUCUAAACCUCAAUGUUAGCCUUAUAAACGAAACUGACCUUCAGUCUAUAUGGGGCUCAGAUAUUCUUACUUCAUGUAUUAUGGAAUCAGCGAAGCCUUUGCAGAAAAAAACAGUUAAAAUAGCCCUGGUUAACAUCAAAGACAGUCGUUCCUUCUGGAAAACUGCCAAAGUGCUAAAUGGAGCCCUGUUCUCGCAAAAUAUCAAAGUGGAAGCUGGAGAGUUAGCUACACAUUUCAAAAAACUCCUAAAUCCGCCACCAAAUCCAAACCCCAUGGAAUAUGCACUCCCAUAUCAACAGGACAUUUUCUUAGACCGAUCUAUACUGCUCGAAGAGGUUACAAGUGUCAUACACCGAUGUGGAUUGAACAAAGCCCCUGGUGAAGAUCGCAUAUCGUAUGAGUUCUUCAAGAACGCUUCAACAGAUUUUUUAGUAAAACUAACAUCGACAUUCAAUUUUAUUUGGUCCACGGGAGAAGUCCCUGACAGUUUUAAGAAAAGUGUAAUACUACCGAUUUUAAAAAAAGGAGAUCCAAGAAAUCCCAGUAACUACAGAGGUAUAUCGUUUUUAAACACUGUCAUGAAAAUCUUCACAGGCAUCUUACUUCAACGUUUAACAGACUGGAUAAACGAAAAUGACCGGUUAAGCGAAUUUCAAGCCGGCUUCCGCAAGGGGUACUCAACAGUAGAUAAUAUCUUCUCUCUAACAAGUAUUGCUCGUAUGUAUGUGGAAAAAGGAAAAAAAUUGUAUGCGUUCUUCGUAGACUUCAAGGCAGCUUUCGAUUGCAUAGACAGAAGAUCUCUAUUUCUCAAACUAAGCAACUUUGGAGUUUCAACAAAAAUGUUAAGAAUCUUUCAAAAGCUCUACGAAGAAAAUAAGUCGGCUGUUUGGGAUGGAAAUAGUCUUUCAAAUUGGUUCGAACCAACAACUGGUGUAAAGCAGGGAUGUCUCUUGAGUCCACUCCUCUUCUCAAUUUAUUUAGACGAUCUAGUUACGGUUCUUCCGGGUGGAGUUCCUUUUGAUGGAAUGUCCUUAAAAAUAUUGCUCUACGCUGAUGACAUUGUAGUUCUCUCCGAAUCUCCCAACAUGCUCCAGAUCAUGAUAAAUAAACUUUUUAAUGUUUUCGCAAAAAGUGGAGAAAUUCCCGUUUCUAGCAUUAUGACAUAG